GAAAUCCCGAAGCCUUCAGCUCCUCCUCCUCCCCCCCCCACCCCCUUCGUGUUUGUGAGCUGGGGACUGACUGAGGAGGAGCAGAGCAUCGACUGCUGUCGCUUCUGCCAUCUGUGCGUGCCGCCGCCGCCGCCGCCUCCUCGCAGUCGUCGCCUUCUUCAGCCUUCCCAUAGCCUGCGGCCUCGCGACGCCACCAUGCAGCGGUGGUGGAGGCGGCAUUCCUAGUCCGCCUGCGGAGCUACCCACCUUCCCUCUGCGCGCGUCUCCUUCCAUCCUCCCGGGGGGGUGGAGGUGCCUGCGGUGCCUCUUCAAUGGGCAGUUUGCUGAGCGGGGUCAGCUUCAAGGAGCCCACCACGGUGGAGGACUGCGACUCGACCUGGGAGACCGACUCCGAGCCGGAGCUCCAGGACCCAGGCGGGGAAGAAGGGUCACCGCUCGAGGCGAGGCGGGCUGGUGGGGCUGGCGGAGAAGAAGGCGACGGCGGCGGCGGUGGUGACGGGCCCCCAGCUGAGGACGACCAGCAGCAGCAGCAACAGCAAGGGGAACCGCUCCCUGCGGCAAGCUGCCGGCCGGAAGACGGUGAGCAGCGGGGAGAAGCUGAGGAGGAGGAAGAAGACGACGAGGUGGAGGAAGACGACGAGGAGGGAAACGGCCGUGAGGAAGGAGGGCGGGAAGAAGCAGAAGCGACCCGCACCGAACAGGGGGAUGAUACAGUUGAAGUGACAGCUAAACCAAAGAGAAGCUUUUAUGCUGCAAGAGAUUUGUACAAAUAUCGUCACCAAUAUCCACAGAACUUUAAAGAUCUACGCUAUCAGAAUGACUUGUGCAAUCUCCGCUUUUACAAGAAUAAAAUCCCCUUUAAACCUGAUGGUGUUUAUAUUGAAGAAGUCCUAAAUAAAUGGAAAGGAGACUAUGAAAAAUUGGAGCACAACCACACUUACAUACAAUGGCUUUUUCCUUUAAGAGAACAAGGAUUGAAUUUCUAUGCAAAGGAAUUAACAACAUAUGAAAUUGAGGAAUUCAAAAAAACAAAAGAGGCAAUUAGAAGAUUCCUGUUGGCUUACAAAAUGAUGUUGGAAUUCUUUGGAAUAAAAUUAAUUGAUAAAACUGGGAACGUAGCACGAGCUUCUAACUGGCAAGAGAGAUUCCAGCACUUGAAUGAGUCCCAGCAUAACUACUUGAGAAUCACCCGCAUUUUGAAGAGUCUUGGUGAACUUGGAUAUGAAAGUUUCAAACCUCCUCUUGUAAAAUUUAUUCUUCAUGAAGCUCUGGUGGAAGAUACCAUCCCCAAUAUUAAGCAAAGUGCUUUGGAAUAUUUUGUGUAUACCAUUAGAGACCGAAGAGAGAGGAGGAAACUCCUGCGAUUUGCCCAGCAACACUAUCUGCCCUCUGACCAUUUCAUAUGGGGACCACCACGGAAACAGAAGUUGGAAGGAAGCAAACCAAGUAAAAAGCUGGCAUCUCCAGUCUCUCUCCGCAGCAGCUGUGCUUCUACACACAAAAAGACAAGAGACUGCAAGAAUUCGUCUGUGGUUUGUAACUCAAAUAGCAAAGCAACUGAUGAGAAAAGGGCAGAACCUUUAAAAAAUGUUGAAGAUUGUGAUCAGAGUAGGAAACUCGCCAGCUCUGAAGUUGCUAAGCAGAGUAAUGGUGAAAAGAGUAGUGAUGCUGAAUGUCAGAACCCCAAACUGGAAGAAACUGCUAAUCCUUUGAACCCGAAGGAGAAUGUUUCCUAUUGCAAAAAACAUAAAGGCAAACAUGAUGAAAAUCUUAGCUCAGACUGUAGAAAUCCAGAAGCUGUAGAAAAAGAUUCUUGUGACAGUAAAAAUGAUUCAACAAAUAUAUCAGCUGAUCUGCAGGACAAUGUAGAUAAAGCCUCAACAGGAUCAAGCAUAAAAAACAAAGAGGAGACUCAAACAUAAACUUGGGCAUCUUUGUUUGGUUCAAUCUCCUGCUGAACAGGACAGAACAUUGUACUCCUUAACUUGUAUGAAACUGGAUAAAGAAACAAAGAUACUAAUGCAAAAUAUGUCAACUUGGGCUCUUUGGGGUUAUGGCUUCUUCUGUUUGACUUGGUUUACUGUUUGCACUCUUUACAGAUGUGUGCUAAGCUUAAAAAUAACGUUAAUAUUUGAGCCUCUUCCUUUGCUAAGACUGCUAUCUACGUGGAAACAUCUUGUAUUCAUUUUUGUUAGCCCUUUGUUUCAUCUCUUAUUAUAAUACUUAUUUUUUGCAAACCGUAAGUGCCAACUAGAUAUCCCAGGAGUCAGGGUUAGGAUGUCUGUUUCUAGCAGAUGGUGUGCUGAACUUGUCCAUGCCUGUGAUUGCUCGAUAACCAAACGUGGGGAGAUUCAAGCAUAAAGACCUGUCCAUGUUGCCUCUGUGCAGCAAGCCAUGUUCUCUUGGCUUCUAGCCUUUAACCUGGAAAAAUGAUUAUUUACUUCCCAGUGUGGUUGUGAGAGAAAAUGCAGCAGUUGUGUUAAACAAGUGUUUUACGUUUAAAAGUGCUGUAUAAAUAACUAGUAAUAGCACGCAUACACCAGCACUAGUUGCCCCAAAAUAUUCAUAGAGGUUGUCACUGCUCCUUCCUAGACUCUUUCUGUUCCUCUUUCCCCCUUUCAUGUUUCCUUCAUUGUGAUGUAGUGGAUAAAGUACUAGACUUGGAAAAGAGGAGUAAAAUCCGUUCUUGGGCAUGAACUCA